AUAGUCGAGGGUGGAGGAAGGGAGGCUCCUAGAAUUUGCCCAACGCCCUGCAUCUCCCAUCUGAUAGUAGCAACAGUACCGACCAGCACAACAAGAGGGUGGCUGCCUUUUGCUUCUGCAUCACUGGAGCCCAAGAGAAGUGCCACAAGCGGAAAUGACAACGCGAGCGGGGGAUAUUAAUAGGGAUAUCUACGUACGAGAAGCAGGGAGGACGCUCUCCACCUCCUUAUCUCCUCAUCCCUGAGUGUCACACACGUACGCACACCAGCACCGCCGCCACCAUCGCCGCCCUCUCCCUCCCGUGAAGCACGCACAACCCCGGCAUGCAAGGUGACCAUCGUCCCAGAACUCAUCAUGGAGAUAACCCAUCACAGUCCAGUCAUUCCAGAUAACAGCCUCUUCCUGUGUGGUCACCAGACUUAGAUCCAAGUUCCAGGCCUACCACUCACGAGGAAAGGAUCAGACUCGGUUCUCCUCUCAGUCUCUACCUUUAUCGAACCAAUUCACCCUGAAGCCUGUUGAAGACAGGAUAAGAAGCUCGUCAUUGUUCCAACCAAACCAGAAACCUGAAGAUGCCAGAGCCCCGUUGAUGUGGUCCAUGCUGGUCAGCCUUCCAGGGCAGAGGGCAGAGAACAGAGCUGGGAAGGAUGUUUGAUUCGAUUGAGUGUGAGGGGAAUCACCCAAAUCAGCUUACAGUCUGAAGAUACCUUUAUUUCCUGCUUAAUGUCCUGUGUCCUUUAAAGCAAAAUGAAAAGAAAACUCAAAUCCUCGGAAGUAUUACUUCCUGUUAUUCUCUCUCCCCAAAGGCAUCAAAUUGGAAUACUUAUAGAGGAUGUUAUCAUGUCCUUCUCAGUGUCCAUUACAAUUGUGCUCGUAAUUGGAGGGUUUAUUUGGGCUCUGUGUGUCUGUUUGUCUCGAAGAAGAGCCAGUGCCCCCAUCUCGCAGUGGAGUUCAAGCCGGCGGUCUAGGUCUUACAACCAUGGCCUCAACAGAACUGGAUUUUACCGCCACAGUGGCUGCGAACGGCGAAGCAACCUCAGCCUGGCCAGCCUCACUUUCCAGCGACAAGCUUCCCUGGAGCAGGCAAAUUCCUUUCCAAGAAAAUCAAGCUUCAGGGCUUCAACUUUCCAUCCCUUCCUGCAAAGUCCACCACUUCCGGUGGAAACUGACAGUCAGCUGGUGACUCUCCCUUCCUCCAGCUCGGUUCACACCGUCAGCACUUCGCACAGUCUGAGCCGCCCGGAUUUCCACUGGUCCAACAACAGUCUUCGAGUGGGCUUUUCCACACCGCCCCCACCUGCCUAUGACUCAAUUAUAAAAGCAUUCCCAGAUUCCUGAAGAGGGUGCUUUUGUUUUUAAUUUGUUUCUUCCCUUUCUUGGCUUUUCCCGAAAGAAAAUUACAGACAGGCUAAACGGAAUUUUGAGGGCAUGGCCCAAACAGCUGAUGAGUUUCCACGUUGAAUUAUGUUCAUGCACUAUAAUUCAAGGCAGGAAAUGUAAAACACAUUUUCUUUGAAUACACUUUUUCCUUUUGUCUCACAGAAUAGUAAUGUUUUCCAAAAAGGUAUAUAUUUAUGUUUGUUGUUUUUUUUUUUUUAACUCAACCUGAAGGUUAUUAAAGACAGUGGUUCUUAUCUGAGACUCGGCUGUGAUACAGUAUAUAAAUAUUUUAGACUAAAAUUAAAACUUUAGAUAUUUGUGGUUUACAAUCCUCAUUCACUGUCCAAUGUGACUAUAAAGGGGGAAAAAAUCACUAUGUCACUUUAAAAAAAAAAUCUAUCCUAAAGAAUUUUAAUUUUACCUUCCUCGGAAUGACAUGAAUCAUUUUAUAGUCUUGGAUUUUUAAUGGAUUAUAUGAGCACAAAAGUGACAGAACAGAGAUUUUAAAGUUCCUUGAUGGCACUCAUUUAUGACAAGUGUGGGAACCAAGCAAAGGAAGAGAAACUCUGUGGGAGUUAUAGGACACUUCAAUUUUGACACUUAUUUUCCCCCCACCCCAGCCUCUUUUGGUGCCUUCCCCAAGAAUAGUUACCUACAUCAUUGAGGCAAAAUCCUUGGGUUUACUAAGAUCAUCUAACUCUCCUUCACUGUUAUAGUUAUGUUGUUAGACAAGCAAUACCAGCAAACCCAAUUCUUUGACCUAAAAAACAAACUUUAAUAACACCAAGCUUACAUUUUUCCUUGGAUAUAUUUUAUUUCUUAGAUAUAAAGUUAGCCAUUGGGGAAAGCACUUUAUCUAGGGACCAUCUCUUGUGAGUUCACAGACAAAUGGGGGUCAGUAGGGAGGAAGUCUAUCAUUGCGACAACCAUGAAGAUUGCUCCUUCCUGGAUCGACUCAUCAGAUAUCAUCCCUUGUUUGCUUUUCUACGAAUUUCAACCUCACAUUCUAUGAAGAGUCUUUGUACAAUGAUUAAACCAUGCCAUAUGGUCUUUGGUGCAAACACUUAUUUAAGGAGUCCACUUCCACAGAGGGCCACCCUCUUGAAACAAGGUACAUUCCCAAAUAUGGGCACCAGAGAGCUUCAGUGGCCAGAUGCUUACGGCUGUCCCUCUUCAUGUAAGGACACAAGUUCACUGGAGUAUUAUUCAAAAGGCCUAUAGUUCAUUUCUGAUAUAGUGACUAUUUAGCUUAUGUUGCUGUUUGUUUGUUUCUCUGAACACUGGGAUUUUUCAUGAAGAAAAAUGUACUCUUAUUUUAGCUUCUGCAGUGCAGUGCUCACAGCUAAUAGUGUCUGAGUAUGUUUCGAGAACAUCAUAAUUUUUACAUAGUAAGAGAUUCUGUACGGCAUUCUGUUUUUUAUUUUUGUUUAGCAUUUAUUUUCCAUUGUUCCUCAAGGACAGUUAUUCUUAAUGAGGUCUAUAGAUUGAUGCUGUCUAAUGUAAUAUACCAACAAGAAAGAAGAAAGAAAGAAAGAAAGAAAGAAAGAAAGAGAAAGAAAGAAAAAGAAA